AUGCACUGCCCGCGGCUGAGCCUGCCCCGUCAAGGCCCCCAUGCGAAAGGUGUGGACGAUUCCAUGUGGGGGGAGUGCAGGGCAGGAGCAUGCUACAACUGCGGCGAGCGCGGCCAUAUGGCGAGGGAAUGCCUGAAGGAGAGACAGGCCCCACGCAGGCGCUGUCACCGCUGCGGCCAGGAGGGACAUCAGUCGUGGGAGUGCCCAACACUCCAAAGAGGGAAUGUGGGAGGGACGCAACCCCAACAGCAGAGAGGACAAGCCGCAGGGCCAAGAGCGUACGCCGUCGAGGGUCGCGAAGGAGCCGAACCAAUCGCGGGGUCUGUCGCGGUCGGAGGAGUGACAACGUUCACUCUCUUCGACACCGGGGCAACUCACAGUUUUGUAAGCCCUAGACUUACGCGUGAGUGGAACUUUAAGGGGAACUUCAACACCAUGGUGACGGGAGUCGAGACUGCAGGAAUAGAGAAAAUAGCCACGAAGGGAAGAUAUGAAGAGGUACCGGUGAUCCUCGCAGGAGUGAAUUUACCCGGAGACCUGCUGGAAUUAGAACUGGGGCGUUACGAGGUGAUAUUGGGAAUGGAUUGGCUAGCACAGCACAGAGCCGUAGUCGAGUGUGCCAAAGCGUGCGUUAGGAUUCCGCUUGAUGGGAGCCUUUGA